AUGGGUCGAAAACAACGAGGUCGAGCUGCGCGAAAUGCACGUCGAAAAUUACCGCCGAAUUUCGAAACGGAUGAAGUUAGACGAGCGCCACAUGUUCUCGUUUUCAAACGAGGUGUCUCCGUUGGAAAUAACGUCAAAGAACUCAUUCGAGAUAUGCGUCGUGUCAUGGAACCAUUCACUGCGCCAAACUUAAAAGUUAGUCGAAAGAAUGCAUUGAAAGACUUCAUUGCCAUUUCGAAUCAUUUCCAUGUGACACAUUUGAUGACAUUUUCCAAAACUCAAUUAUCGACUUAUAUGCGUUUGAUACGUGUACCACGUGGUCCAACAUUGAACUUUCGUAUUCGCCGUUUUACACAUAGUCGAGAUAUUGUCUCGGCAUUAAAACGUCCUCAAACAUUUCCAAAACAAUUCGAACACGCACCUUUACUUGUCAUGAAUGGUUUUCAAGAUGAUGCGAUCCAUAUCAAACUAAUCGCAACAAUGUUUCAGAACAUGUUUCCAUCAAUUAAUGUUACAAACGUUGAUCUAAGUACAAUCAAACGAUGCGUUUUACUUUCAUUGGAUCCUGUCAAUGGACUAGUCGAAUUUCGACAUUAUAAUAUCAAAAUUGCACCAAGUGGUAUUAGUCGAGCGGCAAAGAAAUUAUUACAAGGCAAAGUACCUGAUCUAUCAAAAUUUAAUGAUAUUAGUGAUUUUAUGUACAGGGAAGGAAAUGCAUCGGAAAGUGAAGAUGAAAGCAUGGGCAAUGAUGAAAACGAAGUAAUUCUUUCUCAACAGCUACGUAGUCGUGGUAAUUUGAAAUCCAAUCAAAGUGCGAUCCGUUUAACUGAAAUCGGUCCGCGAAUGACACUUGAGUUAGUUAAAAUCGAAGAUGGACUCUGUGACGGUGAAGUGCUUUACCAUACGCACAUAUCGAAAACAUCGGAAGAAGUAGCGGAAUUACGGCAACGUACGAUAGAAAAGAAACGUUUGAAAGAACAACGAAAACGUGAACAAGAAGAAAACGUUAAACGAAAACAAGACAAGAAGAAGAAAACAUCUCCAGAAAAUCAGGAUGACGAUAUGAACGAGGAGUCUGAUAAUGAUGAUGGUGAUGAUGAAGAUGAAGACGAAGAAUAA